AAAAAAAUCAAAAUAAAAAAACACUCAUGUGUGUUAUGCAAUUUAUUGAAAAUAUAUAAAUAAUUAAAAAUUAUUAAUUAAAUUUUAAUAGCAACAUGGCAGUGCGUAAAGGAAAACUUGAAGAUGUGCCAGAACAUGCUGUCAUAUGUAAUUAUGAAGAUGCAAUUAUUCAUCAGUGGAGUGUAAUUAAACAAUGGCCAAAAUUAUCAGAAGUAUGGCCAUUUAAAAUUGGAUUGCCAAUGGUGACAACAACAGCAGCAUGGACUGGUUGGAAAAUUAAUUCAUUAAUUAGAAGAAAAUUAAAGUUAUUCAGUUAUGGACUUGGAACAACUCAACUUGCAAUGGCAUUAGCACCAGCAUUAUUUGUUGGAAGUUGUCAUUUAUUUUUUGUAACGAGUGAUGUUUUUUUUGAAAGCAAUCAGUGUCUUUUAUGUUUACAACAAAAAGCUGCAUUGAUUCAAGGUGCUUUUGGAAUUGGUUAUCCUCUAGUCAUGUCUCCAAUUGCAAAUUUCAUGUACGCUACUAGACAUGGUACUUAUAAUUUACCACAUUGGGCUGAUUACAAAGGAACAUUACAGUUGUAUUUCAAACUCAUAAAACCAAUGGGACCAACAAUUUUAAAAAUGCUGGUACUACAAACUUUUUUCACAGCAUUUAUUGUGUAUCAAGAAAAAUUAUCAAUUGAAAAAAUGCGUGUUGCACUUGAAAAUGAAGAAAAACUUUUAGAAAAAGAAGGCGUUGUUAUAAAACAAAGAAUAUACGAUUAAAUAAUUUAUAAUUUGCAUUUUAAUAAAUUUUUCAAACACAAAUAUUUAGCAUGUAACAACAAAUUUUCUUUAUUUUCAGUAUUAUAUUUAAUAUUUUUUUUUAAUUAUUAAUUCAACAAUAACUCAUUGGCAGUUGAAUAUAAUCCAGUAAAUAUUAACCGGAAAUUUCUAAGUAAAGCCGAACAAAAAAUAAACAAAAAAAAACUAUCUACGUAAGUUGAAUUUUUUUUUAAUUUAAGUGUUAUAUAUAUAUUUUUAAAUAAUAUCACUAUUAUUU